AAUACUGAACAUCAACACUGGUAUGAAUGAUAAAAGCAUGAACCGUUUAAGGUAUAUGAUCGUCUCAAUUGUGUGUUUAAUCUCCGGAGUUUUAAUUUUAUUCACGUCUUUUCACAAAAACAAGGACUUUGGCACAGAUUUUCGGUGACCAUGCCAGCACAAUAACAUAAGGACACGACAGCACGAGGACACGUCGAGUGUAGGGCGACGGCACGACAUUUUUUUCUAUCCUGUUGGUACCCUAUUUUGUCAUGUCCUCGUGCUAGCGGAGCACCAGGCAAAAAAAGAGCAUUCUGUCGUGGCUGUGUCGUUCUGUCACGCAGUCUUGGCGCCACGCUACAACACGUGGACACGGCAAUAUAAUCUGUCGUUGGUUGGGCUUCCGAGUAACAUGCGCUGUUAAAUCACACACAUGCAUUAUUCAGUAAUAGAGGAGAGUGAAAGUAAUACAAUUACAAAUUGUUUAUUGGAACUAAACUGAUACAUAGAACAGUGUUUUCCAGGGCAUAUACUGAGCAAACGAUUCAAUGGAGACAAAACGAACUAAAAUUGAAUUUGCCAGCAAUGAAGGUCGGACGGAAUCGAGUGCUGUCAGUGAAACACCAAAAGAAGUGCGAGAGGUUGAUGGUCUUCCAGAGUCCGAACAGAUACCUGGAGAUGAGGACUUGGCCAAGCUAGAUGAAACAACUCUGCUGCAAGUUUACUGGAAAUAUAUCAACAUGCUGCAGAUCUUGUGUAAAGACGUUAUACGUGUUGGGAAUCUCAAAGAAGGCGGCAAGGAAAUUUGUGUAGACCCGGGCUAUAAACCGGAAGCGCCCUGUCUCGUGUACUCAUUCGGGAUCAACCACUUGUUUGAUUUUGACAGAGAUGUUGUUGAGAGAUUUGGCUGUGAUGUACAUUGCUUCGAUCCAAGUAUGAAAAAUGAAACCAAACGCCUGUCUGAACAUAUAUGGUUCUACAGAUGGGGCCUUGGUGGUAAAAAUGAGAUAAACUCCAAGCAAUGGAAUAUGAAAACAUUAGAUACAAUUCGCAGAGAGCUUGGUCACACUAAUCGAACUAUAGACUUACUAAAAAUAGACAUAGAAGGGGAUGAGUGGAACGCCAUUCCUCAAAUGAUAUCAUCCGGUGCACUUGAUGACGUCAGACAGAUAUCCAUGGAGACGCAUUUUUCAGCAGAACACGCGAAUCAAGGAGACUAUUGGGGAAAUUUGCCGCCACAUAAACAGUUAUCUUCCUUAAGACAAUUAUAUGACUUCGGAUAUAGAACUUUUAUGCGUGAACGGAAUAUGUGGUCCCAUGCAAUGUGGCAUGGUAUAAAGGGUUUUAUAACCAAUGUUAAUGAAAUUUCAAUGAUUAAACCGAAACGAUGACGGCAAA